CAAGCUGAAAGAAGGGGACACAUAUUUAGUUUUUAGAGUUAAAAUGUGUUGCACAGCUCUGCAGCUGCUGAUCCUGGUGUUGUUCUGCUGUCCAUCAUGUGCAGAAGAUGAGACUGAUCUCUCGGUUUCCUGCCCCGAACCCCAGAAGGCCUUUGGCAGCUCUUGCUAUGAGUUUGUCAAUCACCAGCGCUCUUUCUCCAGUGCUCAAGCUUGGUGUGAGGAGCGUGGAGGACACCUUGCUUUUAUCCCAGAUGAGGACACUCAGUAUUUCCUUCAGCGACACCUGGAUCCUGAGACGGACACAUGGCUGGGAGUUGCUUCUCCAAACCUGCAAAGCUCUGCAGCCGUUGCUGGUGAUCUCUGUUGGCUGGAUGGUUCACACAUCAUCUAUUCAAACUGGGCAAGCAGCCCACAGCCAGGAGCAGCGUGUGGCCACAUUUUAAAAGACUCUAGCUUCCAGUGGAAAGCCACAACAGACUGCAACAGAGAUAUGCGUUAUAUCUGCCAGUUUGAAUCUACGAGAUCCAUCGUGUGUCCAGCCCAUAAAAUCAUUUUGCGGUGUGGCUCCGCUCAAAUGUUAAUAAUUGAUGGUGGCUUCUAUGGUCGCCAGAACAUCCAUUACUGUCAGUCCACACUCUCUUCACCAACAAGCUCUACACAACAUCAUUGUGGUUGGUUGGAUGUUGGAGAUUCACUCGCAGCUCACUGCCAUGGUCGUCAGGAUUGCCGGGUUUCUGAGUUUGUGAACUCCUUUGAUGAUCCCUGUCCUCAGCUGGGGAGUUACCUGUCUGUGGAUUACCACUGCAAAGAUGGGCUCACACUGACACUGAGCAGUGUGGCUGCUGUUUUUACUGACAUCACCAUCAGCAUGAAAUGGCUCUUACAUCUGCCAUGGGGAAAACCUGCCUGCCGGCUGAGCACCGGGGACGGCUGUGUUGUUAAUUUGAACAGAGUCGAGGGGUUGAAGGACAGUGUGGUGCACAACUAUAUGUAUCCAAGUACAUUCAUUGUGGCAGUUGAAUGCACCAUCAAUGAUGUACUCAUCACAGCCCAGAAAACGAUUAUCAUCCUAGAGCCUGUCACAGCCAUCAGUGCCACUCGAUGCUAUGCUGGAACACGGGGUUUUAAUGUGAGCAUGUGCAAAGUCCUGUAUGGAGGAACACUUCAAAUUCAAAUGGAAGCAAAAGCAGGGUCAAAUGUGAGCUUCAGAAUCCAGCGUGAUGACGCUGUGUUGUCCAGUUUAUCUGUGAUCAGAGGAAAUGUUCCUCAUAACGUCACAGUGACUCCAGUAAUGAUGAAGCAGCUCAGUCCCGGCUGCCACCAGCUGGCAAUUUAUGCUUCUAACAUGGUCACGUUCCCUGAAGUGUCCGCAGACCUGCAGGUGUGUGUUGUGGAGAAAGUAGCUGGACUUCAGGCCUCCAUGUUGACAGAGACGGAUGACGGAUGUUUGGACUCUCCAGAUAUUUCUGUUGGUGUUUCUCUUGAGCAGGGAGCACCUGUACUGCUCCUCUUCUCUCUGACUGGAGAUGACGACACUUUCCAUGAGACGAGAGAAAUGAAUGGAAGAGAGGGAAUUUUUCAUAUCGGAAACCCAAUUCAAGGAACUGUCCAAGUGAAACUCAGAGCAGUGAAUGACUUCUCCUCACUGGAGGUGGAUGUGGAUACAUUGACUCCUUGUGGCAGUGAUACAGUCAUUAAACCUGAAGACAGAUGGUUGAGGUUGAACCCUUGGAUGACAGAGAAUCUUGUCAGAGUUGUCAGAUCAUCGUGGGAAAUUGAAGCAGACCCUUCCGAAUCUGUCGACAAAUAUCAAAGUAUCACGCUUUCCGUAGAUAAAGCAACCAACAGCAACCAGCACUCCGGUAAACGAUACCAGUGGGAAUGCAAAAGUCCCUGCAAUUGUGAAGGAAGGACCAGUGAAGUGACUCACACAAUUACAAAAAAUUGCCUACCUUAUCCAUUUGAGUUUAACAAAUAUCAUUUUAGUUUAAUACAAGAUAAUGUUGUGAAAAAGACCGCAUCCAUAUGCAUCACUCUGAUACCUACAUAUGGGACGUUAAUGAGACUCACCUGUACAAGUGGCUGUGACCCAGUAAUGGAGAACAAAGAUGCAAAAAUUGAAAUAUCAUGUCCUUUAUGUCCACAACUGGUGUGGACCAUCGAGGACCCAAGAGGCCAUGAGGACUGGCUGGAUGAGACAGAGAGCUGCUACAGAGAGUCUGAAAAAAGGCCACCAAUACUGAAGCAGACUGGUGGACAAGAAUACACCGUGAGCUACAGCUAUCUUGCUCUGGCCAAGUCGGCGGGUCUGGAUGUCACUGUGGUUGUGACUAGUUCUUCGUCCCUACUCUCGAAGCCCUAUUAUGCAAAAUACACCAUAAAGACAUCCUCUACCGCAAUUCCCGCUCCUACCACAAACAAUCCAACUACCAUGGUUACGACAGCCAAAGCUGGAGAUACCCCUGCUGCUUCACCACCCCCCACCACUAUAAGUGACCCCACCAUUUCUGAUGGCCUCUCAUGUAGCAUUUCACCAUCGCGAGGAACAGUCCUUGAUGCUUUCAAUAUAACCUGCAAGACUGAAGGUCCCUGUUCUUAUUGUGACUAUUGUUUUAAGACGGGAGGUAAAGACCUGCUUUGCAGCAGGAAAAGUGAAGUCAGAUCUGUCUUCCUUCCUCUUGGAGACAGCAGUUCUGACUACAACCUGAUAAUAACAGCAACUGCAAAAAAGGACAGCUUUGUUCUUAGCACCAAAAUAACAACAUGGGUGCUGGAUUUGACUGAAGAAACCAUAGAUGAGCUGAAAGUGUCAAUGGAAAAGGCUGUGGCUCAGCUAAAGGCACAGGGUCUGCUGUCGGGAGAAACUGUGGGCCAGUUCCUGAUUUCUGUGGCCAAGAACCUGGACAAUCAAUCUGAUGAAUCAAAAGAAGACGACAGGCAACAGCUACGCGAGGACAUGCUGGACAUAUUGAUUGGUGCAGUUGAAGACGUGCCUCCAAGCACUCCAGAAGAGAUUCAGGUUUACACUAGAAGUCUCAUUGCUGUCAGUGCGAAGGGCACCGAGCUUACCUCCUCUGCUCAGGAAGACGCUGCGUUCUUGUGUGUGAGCCUCAGCUCAUCUCUCCUCAACAUGGGCCUGAACAAAAGUGAAGAAAGCAAGAAAGAAAUACGCAGUACAGCCAGUAUCAUCGUUGAAGGAGUCGGCAAUAUCCUGAGCUCUUCUGCUCUGAGUAGAAAUGUCUCUGAAGCCAUUCUCCUUGCCCUGAAAAAUACACAGAGUGCUCUGUUGAUGUUUAUCGAUGUAAAUGAGGGGCCAGUAAUCAUUCGCCAACCAACUGUAGGUGUUUUAGUCAAUAGAAUGACCUUGGGAAGUCUGCACACAGAAUCUAUACAUUUUCCCAAUUGUUCCUGCCCCAGAUUUACUCUACCAGCACUGCCCUCUAACAUACUUCCCUCAGAAGAACCUGUUGAUGUACAAAUGUUAUUUUUAGGUAAAAAUCUAUUUGCCUGGAAUAAGGGAGGAAACAUCAGUGGACAAAUAGGGGAUCUCACCCUCACAAGACAAAAUGGCUCCAUUAUUAAUGUGGGGAAUUUAAGUGAGGAUGUUGAGAUUCUGUUGCCAAGGCCUGAUGGAGAGCAAGUGAACACCUUAGUUUUGGACCUGGGAAACUAUAGCACCAUGGUCAUUGACAUCCCUUCAACUGACACGACGCUGGUGUUAAAGAUGAAGCCUUCUGAGGAUCCAUUACCCUUCAAGCUGUUCCUCGGUCAUAUGAGUUACCCCUCUGAAGCUGACUAUGCAGCGAUGACAGAGAUGCCUCACCAAGGAACUACACAAGAGCAGAGAUACACUUGGCUUGUAGACCCUAUGAGUUUCAAGGGAAAAACUGGAGUCUAUUAUCUUGUUGUGCGGCCCAUUGUAGGUCCUGGUAUAAAAUCUAUUAAUGCCAGUUUAUCAGUCACUUCCAUCUCUGCUGCUUGUCGGUUUUGGGAUGAAUCAUUACUGGAGUGGGGCACUAAUGGAUGCAGGGUUGGUGUUGAGACCACAUCUCGAGUCACCCAGUGCCUGUGCAACCACCUGACCUUCUUUGGGAGCUCCUUCUUUGUUACUCCCAACCUUGUUGACCCAUCACGAACUGCUGAGCUGUUCAGUACCUUUGCUGAGAAUCCUGUGGUUGUGUGCUUUGUCAGCGCACUUUUUCUGGCUUAUCUUGUUGUGGUUGUGUGGGCUCGAAGAAAAGACAUUCAAGAUGCACUCAAGGUGAAGGUGACAGUUCUGAAGGACAACAACCCCAUGGAUGAGUACAGUUACCUAUUGAAUGUUUGCACUGGACAUCGGAGAGGAGCUUCCACCUCCUCUCAGGUAACGUUAACUUUGCUGGGUGCUGACGGCAACAGCAAACCGCACCACCUGACAGAUCCAAAGAAAAGGGUGUUUGAGAGAGGUGCUCUGGAUGUGUUCCUGCUAACUACACCCUUCUCGCUGGGAGAACUGCAAGGCAUCAGGCUGUGGCACAACAAUCUGGGGAGCCAUCCUGCUUGGUUUGUAGGAAAUGUCAUGGUGCAGGAUAUACAGACAAACCAGAAAUGGUAUUUUCUGUGCAACUCGUGGCUGGCCAUAGACUUGGGUGAUUGUUCCCUGGAUAAAGUUUUUCCUGUGUCGACAGAGGAAGAGCUGAAGACGUUCGGUAAUUUGUUCUUUAUGAAGACGGCAAAGGAUUUAAGUGAUGGACACCUCUGGUUUUCUGUGCUCAACCGACCACCGAGCAGCACCUUCACUUGUGUACAGAGAGUGUCUUGCUGUUUCUCCCUACUUCUCUGCACAAUGCUGACCAGCCUCAUGUUUUAUGGCAUACCGACAGACCCAUCAGAGCAAACCAUGGACCUUGGUUACUUUGAGUUUACCUGGCAACAGUUCAUGAUUGGAGUUCAGAGCUCACUCAUCAUGUUUCCAGUCAAUUUCCUCAUUGUCAGCAUCUUCAGAAACACUCGUCCUCGGGAGACGCCUUGCUGCAAGAGCAAACCAGGAAAAACAAACAGCAGGAAGCAGAGGAGAACUUUGCAGACUCCUUCCCCACAGACUGACAUUGACAUAAAUGUCAAUGUCACUUUAGAUAGGAUCACCAAGGAUAUUUCAAGAAUUGCUCUAUCGCUGUCAAAGGCUGUGAAAAGCAACACUGCACGCACAGAGUCUGAGUUUGGGCUGGAGCGACAACUUGAUAUCAAUGCAGCCCUUUCUGUGGUGGAGGAUUUUGUGAGAGGGAACGGUGAUAGCAGUGGCUUUCACAAUCUUGCUCAGUCUCAGCUACCAGAAACGGGUGCUGGUGUGCAUCCUGGGUCAGAUGUGGAGGUCAUUCAGAAGAGCCACAAAACUCAGUAUCUGCACAGGCAGCUGUGCCACAUCCACGAAGAGCUAAGCCUGCUGGGAUCCUCCAGCUUUUCCACCACUGACAGCUACAGCCAGGCUCUGCAGCAAGUGCAGGGCAUCAAGGCCAUCCUUGAUGAGCAGCUCCUCACAACCAGUGUCGUCAACCGCGAUGAAAUCACACAAAAAAACAGGUUGGGUUCUGCAGACAACACGGACGACGAGGAUGAACAGAGGAAAAGGAGGUGCUGUCAUGGAGGGCUUCCCUGGUGGUUUGUUUUUGUCGGCUGGUUCAUCGUGGCCGGUACCAGUUUUGUAGCAGCAUAUUUUACAAUGCUUUACGGUUUGAAGUUUGGGAAGGAGCGGUCCAUUAGCUGGUUGGUGUCCAUGGUGGUGUCCUUUUUCCAGAGUAUCCUCAUCAUUCAGCCUUUAAAGGUGCUAUGUUUUGCUGUGUUCUUUGCACUUGUAGUAAAGAAAGUUGAUGAUUUUGAAAAGGUGCCAUUUAAUGACUCAAAUGAAGGUGAUGGUGAGGACCAACAAAGAGUCGGACAGAAUCAGACUCUGUAUGAGCCGCCACCUCCUGCAGACAUUGAAAGGAUGAAAAGGAACAAGAUUAUAGAGCAGAAAGCCUUGGCUCUCCUCAGAGAGAUUUUCAUCUAUAUAGGUUUCAUGUGGAUGUUGCUGCUUGUGGCGUACGGACAGAGAGAUCCCAACGCAUUUCUCCUAAAUCAGCACAUCCGGAAAAGCUUUAGCGGCCGAGUCUCACACAGCAUGAGUCUCGGGGACGUGUUCGCUUGGGCCAACACAUCUCUACUCGGUAACCUCUUUGGAAUUUAUCCAGGAUUUAUCACAGAUGGAAAGUCCAAACUGGUAGGAAACGCUCGUCUUCGCCAGCUGAGAGUGCAGAAGAAUUCCUGUCAGGUUCCAGGCCUCAUGCUGCAGCUUGUGCCGGACUGUCAUGCUCUGUAUUCAUGGGAGGUGGAGGACAUGGGCUCCUAUGACCAGGGCUGGCACCAGUCUCUGAGCGAUAAUUCUUCCAUGAGCACCCCCAGUCCUUGGAUGUACCAGACACGAGCACAGCUCAGGGCUUCUCCCGUGUGGGGCAAGAUGCUGCUCUACAGGGGAGGCGGCUUCGUAGCGGAGCUCGGCCCGGAUUUAAAAAAUGCCAGCAGGACACUUGAGGAUCUGUUCAGGAACAAAUGGCUGGAUAUGUACACGAGGGCAUUGUUUGUCGAGUUCACUGUUUAUAACGCUAAUGUGAAUCUGUUCUGCAUCGUCACACUCCUGUUUGAGACCACAGCUGUAGGAGCAUUUCAGUUCCACAGCGAGCUGCGGAGUGUCCGUCUCUACCAGUCAACUGGGAAUCUUCACUUCUUCGUAAUGGCUGCUGAAAUCAUAUAUCUGCUUUUCAUCAUCUAUUACAUGUUCAUGCAGGGCAAACUGCUGAAGCAGCAGCGGUGGGCUUACUUUACAAGUAAGCGGAACCUCCUGGAAUUGUCCAUCAUCGUACUGACCUGGAGUGCUGUGGCUGUUUUCAUCAGGAGAACCCUGCUUGGCAACCGUGAUAUGACGUACUACCAAAACCACAAAGACCAAUUUGCCAGCUUCUAUGAGACGGCGAGCACUGACUCAGUGUUUCAGUAUCUGAUCGCCUUCUUGGUUCUGCUUGCCACUGUCAAACUGUGGCACCUGCUCGGACUCAACCCCAAGAUGAACAUUAUCUCGGCCACACUGCAGCGAGCCUGGAGUGACAUAUCGGGCUUUAUUGUGAUUAUUGUGAUUAUGCUCAUAGCAUACUCCGUUGCAUGCAACGUGAUUUAUGGCUGGAAGCUGUCCUCUUAUAAAACUUUGGCUGACGCCCUUCUUACAAUCAUCAGCUUGCAGAUUGGCAUCUUCAACUACGACGAGGUCUUUGACUAUAACCCCGUGCUUACUGGAUUGCUUAUUGGCUCCUGCAUCAUGCUCAUGACAUUUGUGAUGCUCAAUCUCCUCGUUUCAGGAAUCCUUGUGGCAUUCAACCAGGUGCAGAUGGAGCAUAAGCCCUCAGAGGAGAAGGAGAUUGUUGACCUGAUGCUGAAGAAAGUCCAUAGUUUUUUUGGACUCAAAUAUGAAGACACAAACAUGACUGGCAGCAGGGACUUGAAUCCCGAGGAGAAGCUUUAAUGCGGUGGUUUGGAAUAUUUACAGGGCACGAACAUCCACAUGCUCAUGUGCAACUUGUAAUUUAAUCUUUGCUUGCUCUGCUACUUUGUAAGGGUGCUAUGGUAGAUAAUGACUACUGUACAGAUUUGCACUGCUCUUUAUUCAUGCAAUUAUGCAGAUCUUCGCCCGGCUCAUCGUCUCUCACAGUAGAGAUCUGGCGUGCAUAAAAAAUUCAGAAAAUAAUGAACCGGGUUAAAACAUAAUCAUACAUACAAAUGUACUAAAUGUAUGUAUAAGCUUCAAAAUUACAAAAAAAUAACACAAAAACACAGAUUAGUCUCCUAUUGUGAAAUGUAUCCACACUGUGUAUGGUACCAGAAAAAUAAUUGUCUCACUUGCUGAAGAGAGUGCUUCGUAUGCAAAGACAUUAUAUAGAAUACUGCAUGGCGUUCAUUUUAAGAAGCUGUGCAACGGAACCCCUGCAAUCGUGCAGCGGGGGUUGCCGGGUAAAAUUGACGAUGAUCCGCUUUUGGAUAUCAGUUGAAUAUCUACCUUGAAACUACCCAUCCAUCUACCCUUCUACCCUUUAUCCUCCACAUGAGGGUCACAGGAGUGCUGAGCCAAUUUCAGCUAAUUUCAAUGAAACCGGCGCUUUACAUCCAGGUUAAAAGUCCAAUCCGUGACGAUCCUUGUUUCGACAGCAUGUACCUACCUUUUCCAUUGCAGUUAAUGUCGUAUUUAUGUCGAUUUGUAUGUAUAGUUCUGUGUUUAAAAAGAAAGAUACAAUUAAACAAUGGUGUCUGAAAUGCACACCGUCUGAUUACUCAGUAAUUUAGUCUUUAGAAGACUUUUAUUCACGAAAACUAUAGAUGAAUGAAUUUCAAGUGAAACACUUCAAGUUGCACCUACCUGACUCAAUAUUUUGGUGGUGAUGUCAGUAUUCUAGACAGACAUGAUACAUUAUUCACAUCAGCAACUCCAUCACCUCCAUCGACUCUGCAAACAGCUCGUAUGUGGUGCGGAACACUUUGUUACAAUCGUACCUUAAAGGUCACAGUGGCGCGUUCGUGACUGACAUAUUCUGUGUCUGCGUCUUUGUCUCAUUAUCUCUUCUGUAACAGUCUUUGCGUGCAUUUCUCUCACUGAGAAAUCUCAUUUCCUUCAUGCUCCACCAUCCUCAUUCCAGCGUUCUCUCGGCCUCGCUCUCCGUGCUAGAUUGUUCUCUGAUGUUAUUGUAUAAUUGAAUAUUUGACUGUUCGAGUUGCCCCAGUCAAAUCACUGGCAUUCCAUUUUCCCUGUCUCAUCAGUUUCAUCUAAUUCAUUUCCCAAAGAUGAGGAUAAAAGAAUGAAAAAAUGACUAGCUGUAUUGUUUCAGAAAUAUGACACUUGAGCUGCAUAAAUUGAGCUAAAAUAUAAUUUACUCUGUAAAAAUCCAUUUUAAUCAUUAUGUGUACCUAGUAAGUGUCCAGUGUGGUCUUCAGCUGCUGUCGUUCAUCUCCUUCAAGGUUCAGAGAUGCAAAACUGCAUAAUUUCUGCAUAAUUUAGUUGUUUAGUUAUUCUGCAUUUAAUUUAGUUUUGAAUCAGUCUGGCCUUUUCUCCUCUGAUGUC